AGUACUUUCAACAUUAUUAGUGUUUUGCAUAUCAAAAAAUUAUGAACAUAUAGAUUAAGAUUUUUUUCGCUACCAACUACUCUGAUUUAUCUUCACAAAACCUGUAAUUUUCUGAAAAAAAAAUUUCAAAUAAUUUUUGACAGGCGGUUUAUUUCUUGCAUUUAUUUUACAUUCGAUAUGGAAUUUGAUUGGUAUAUUCAGAGUUCCAACUUGCAUAAAGGGCGAGAAAUGUUAUAUAUCAUAUUUAAACACAAACCCAAACCUUGACUUGUUAGUUUACGUGUCCGAUAACUCCAGAUCAGGAAACGUGGAACAAGUGCUUAGUCUGGAGAAGUUUGAUUACAAUAACAGAAUCGAGAAAGAAAUUCCAAUUCAACUUAGCAAGACUGUGAGAAAUAAUGGUAGCAUGUACGUUCACACAAUCGUCAUUCCAAGCAGUUCCAGAAAGCGGGAUUACACUCUAAAUGAUUUAAUAAACCAGCAAGAUGCCACAUAUCUCAAAUAUUCCCUAACACAAUACACAAUCCCUGUAAGUGCAACAUUCAAUUUACUAAAAGAGGAAUCUAAAAAACAGAAUGUGAAACCAGUUACUCACUUGAGAUCAAAAUUUUCUGUCAUUAUGUGUACAGACAAAUUCGAAUUAUCCUCAACAAACAUUCCAGUUGAGAUUAUCAGAUAUUUGAGGAUUAAUUACAAAAAACAGUUUUUGCCAAUUAUGCAGCGCGAUAUUAUGCAAAUGAGGUUAAGAGACUUGAUAGAAGUCACCAAAGAUAUGAGAGAGGCUACGGUACUUUUCACAUACACGCCAGUUUCUAUUGGCAAAAUCAGAUUUGUUUCACAAAUUGACUCCACUUUACACCAAUUUAUUGCUUUGGGAUUCACUGAAAAAGACUUGGAUGAAGUUAAGGGAGUUUUUGCAGACACAAAUCUUUAUCUGUUGUGUGCAACAGUUCUCAUUGGCAGUAUACAUUUACUCCUUGAUUUUCUGUCAUUUAAAAACGAUGUUAAAUUCUGGAAAGCUCAAACCUCAAUGGCUGGAUUGUCCACCAGCAGUGUGUUGUGGAGGGCUUUCUCCCAAACUGUCAUAUUUUUGUAUCUCCUUGAUGAGGGUACGUCUUUGUUAGUUCUAGUACCAAGUGGGGUUGCAACAUUAAUUGAAUUUUGGAAAGUUAGUAAAGUUCUCAAAAAAAGUAUCAAGUGGGAYGGUGGUCUAAAAUUCAGUAAAGGAGAAAAUGAAAGUGCAGAGGAAUUACAAACGCGGAAAUAUGAUGAAGAGUGUAUGAAAUAUCUGUGUUAUCUUUUGUAUCCCUUAUGUGCUGGUGCUGCUAUUUAUUCCCUGUUUUAUCAACCACAUAAAAGUUGGUACUCUUGGACUAUUAAUAGUUUAGUAAAUGGUGUGUAUGCAUUUGGUUUCCUCUUCAUGCUUCCCCAAUUGUUUAUAAACUACAGACUGAAAUCAGUCGCUGCAUUACCUUGGAGGGCAUUUACUUACAGAGCAUUCAAUACUUUUAUCGACGAUAUUUUUGCAUUUAUUAUUACAAUGCCCACAGCACACCGAGUGGCAUGCUUCAGGGAUGACGUAGUAUUCUUAAUAUAUUUAUAUCAAAGAUGGUUGUAUCCUGUUGAUAAAACACGAAUUGACGAUGUCACAAGUGAGACAAUUUUAAGCGAGGAUGAAAGUAAAAAAGAUAAAUAACCACGUAAAUACUUUUCUUAGAGAAUACAACAGGAUUUAAAUUAUUUUAUUACAUUAAUGUUCACAGGGUAUCUACUGCCGUAACUGAAAAAGUAGCACAAAUAUUUGCAAACAACCCUCCAAUUUUAUUUGUGAUAAAGUCUUAGCUUUGUUUGUGUUAACAUGUGUCUGUGAUGAAAACUUGUUGGUAAAAUUAUUUUAAACUUUUUCUGUAUGUUGUGCUGGUUAAAUGUUUAUUUAAUGUUACGAAUUUUCAGCAAUAAUAAUUGAUGGUAAAUUUCCUAACUAGUGUAUUUAAAUUUGUCCCGCCAG